GUCACAUACGCGAUCAUGGAAUAGUUCGGUCUGUCGGAACAUGGGAUGCCGUCCGUGAAAUAAUGCCUAAUCAGCAUUGUUAAGUGCCGUUUCGAAACAGUAUAUAAUAACACAGUGGUACCGGCAGCCUUGUUUGCCGCAAACAACGAUGGAUGACCAAUCGAAGGAGACUCUGCGCUCCAAGAUCUACUGUGCCGCUCGCGAGGGUCUCCCAGUGACUCUGUUCGCCCUGCUAGCCAGCGUACCGAAAUGCGAUUAUCGUGAUUACCUAAGCUCUCUGGUGGCGGACAAGGAACAAAAAUGCACACCUCUGCUCAUCGCAGCUCGCAACGGACAUCGGCGGGUGGUGCAAACGUUGCUCGAAAACUUCGGUUGCGCGGUGGGACUGGAACAGGAAGGCACUGUCCAAUUCGACGGAUACGUCAUCGAAGGCGCAACUCCGUUGUGGUGCGCGGCCGGUGCAGGACACCUGGACAUCGUCCGCUUACUCGUGCUGCGCGGUGCUGACGUGAAUCACCCGACGCGCACGAUAUCGACGCCGUUGCGAGCGGCCAGCUUCGACGGGCGGCUGGACAUCGUUCGCUUCCUCGUGGAACACGGCGCCGACAUCCACAUUCCCAAUAAGUACAACAACACUUGUCUCAUGAUCGCCGCCUACAAGGGUCACUUGGACGUCGUGCGCUAUUUGCUGUCGCGCGGUGCGGACACCAACACGCAGGCGCUAUGCGGUGCGACAGCGCUACAAUUCGCUGCCGAGCACGGGCACCUGGACAUAGUGCGCGAGCUUCUGGAAGGCGGCGCCCGUAUUCUGGCCAACGGUAUCGGCAUGACGCCUUUGCUCGCCGCCGCAGAGCGCACGAAGGCCGAGGUGGUGGAGUACCUCGUCAAGCAGCCGUGGUGCACGCGCCGGGAGGAGGUCGACGCACUCGAACUGCUGGGCGCGUCUUUCGCAAACGACAAGGACAACUACAGCCUAGAGCGAGCUUUCCGCUACCUCGAGCUGGCCAUGAGGGAGCGGGAGCGCGAGCCCCGACUUCUCAAAGAGCGCGGCCCAGUUGUGGCCGCGUACGACUCGCGCGUCGAGUGCGCUACGCUUGACGAGCUGUACAGCAUCAGGGACGACCCGCACGCCCUGCACAUGGAGUCCCUGGUGAUCCGCGAGCGCAUCCUGGGACCGCACAACCCGGAGCUGCCCCACCACGUUGUCUACAGGGGUGCAGUGUUUGCUGACAGUGCAGCAUUUGAUCGCUGCUUGCAACUAUGGCUGCACGCUCUUCGACUGAGAUCAGCUGCCAGACUUCCUCUCCGCAAGGACCUACUGCGAUUUGCCCAAGUUUUCAGCCAGAUGCUGCACAUUGGAGUUGAAGUGCCACCAGGUGCAGUUGCCCAGAUUUUGUCGGCUUCCAUUCACGAACUGGAGUCGGGUUCCGAUGAGGACAAUGAUGCCAAUAUGCUGACUUCCCUGUACCUGUUGGUGGUAGUGGGCAAGCUCCGCUACUCUUCGGCCAGUCAGGAGCACGAGCUCAUGAGGCUCAUCUACCGCCUCGUGCAGUUGGGCCGGGUUACUAGAGAGGGGUGCACGCUGCUUCACCUAUGCGUGAGUGCCGACACACCCGUGGACGAUUUUCAUACUAAGAACAUCUGCCACUUCCCAUGCACUGACACAACUCGGCUGCUCCUCCGCUGCGGCGCUGAUCCGAACGCAGUUGAUGCGAGGCGCAACACACCCCUGCAUGCCAUCGUCACGUACCAAAAGCCAAUCAGUGACUUUCUCACAUUGCACUCUAUCAUUGUAGCCUUGAUCGAGGCAGGAGUGCAUGCGGAUGCAACUAACGCACGUGGAGAGACAGCGGCAGAAUCGGCAACAACGGGUGUUGCAGAGGUGAUUCUGCGCACUCAGACACAGGUGACUCUGCGCUGCUUGGCUGCACGUGCCGUGGCGAAGUACGGACUCAGUUAUCAUGCGGGCGAGAUCCCGCGGUCUCUUGUGCACUUUGUGGAAAUGCACGGCGGCCGAACGCGGCCUCUGCCACGGCCUGGGGCCGACUGAGUUCUGAGACAUGUGAUUUAAAAGUUUAAAAAGUUUACUAAAAAGUUUACUAUUCACUGUGCUUUGACGUAAACGUAUCAACAUCUUGUUCAUAAACCAAAGCUUCUGCCACUACUUUCAUGUUAUUAACUUUUGCGUUGUACUAUCACUUAUCAUCUUUCUGUUCCAAUUUCCCUGUGGAGAUUCUUCUCAAUAAAGUGGUCUAGGUUGUUCAUGUAUUCCCGGUGUUAAACGAGCCUUGUCAAAUGAGCAGCUGUGUGGUGUAGCCAUGCUACUAAAAGCCUAAUUAUUUGCAGCGACAACUUUUACUUAUUUAGACGCUGGUGCAGAUAUGCAACAUGAAGAUGGUGGACUGUUUCCUGGUGUGAAAGGAGCACUGACACAGAAAUUUUACACCUUGUUUACUUGUUGCAAUAAGUAGCUUGUGACCCACUACUCAAGGCUGGAAACCUUGAGUUAACGGCUGGUAUGUAGAGACGUCUUUAGAGCGCCCAGUUGCAGCUUCGGUUUCAAAGAACACCGAGCUGGGCAGGAGCUGUUUCGGUAGCACGGUAAACAUGGCUAGCCACAUGACCAUGCAAAACUGUGACGUAGGUGCCUCAGGCGCGAGUGGGUGGUGCACUGACAGCCACCACAGCUAGCACACGCAAAGCUGCUCGCACGGAGCAGGAAGUUGCUGGUAGCUUAAGUGCAGUCUUUGCAUGCCAAGCAAACAGCCAACAGUAACUCUUGCCGUAGUGUUGUUUACACUACCCCCACAGCGAUGUCCGCAUCGCGUGGGGCUCUGCACCUUGCACAGCAUGCACUUUGAAAUUGAUUUUAAAUAUUCUCUAGGCUAUAUUUACCCUUGCAAUUUCGUAGGUGUUGUGUAUGUCUCUAGAUAAAAUUAUCUCACUCGUUAUCUCACCUUCGAAAUUUUGUGUCAGUGCUCCUUGAAGAUCAGUUUGAGCUCGCUUGGCUGACCAGAUAAUUGUCAAAACUGGUAUACUGCCACAAGCAUGUUUGCGUUUCAAUUCAGCUAAAUCGCCUUCUUCAUUUUUUUUCGAACGGCAAAUGUAUUUUAGUACUCAGAACCUUUAAUAUAUAAGUAACAACACUGUGAUGCUUACAUAAUAGACAGCCCUUCAUAGGCUCUUGUUUAUUCUCAUAUAAUAUACAUGUUAUAUUUUCCUGUGAUUGUUAGAAGUAUCAUGUGCUCUAUGGAGAGGAAAAGUUCGGUGGCUUAAAUAAAAGAGGCACAAAGCAGGGAGGGAAUUACCCCUUUUCGGUGUAUAGUAUAAGGAUAUCACAUUUCUGCUUUCUGCUCUUUUUUGUAAUUUCUGUCACUUUCAUAUAUUAAACAAUUGCUACAGUGUAUCUAUUUCCUCACUGUUGAACAAUGCAUAAAUAUUAUUUUUUCAGUGUAUUAUUUAUUGAUUUUAUCUCUGAAUGUAACAAAGUUGCAUCCUGGUGAGCUUAACGCGAGUUUAUCUUUUUUAUAAGUUCUUUGGUAUGUGAUGAAUUUUUGUCGGGUCCUUGUAGUUUUACGUAACAGCAUCAAGAUGCAGCAUGCGUUUCUGUCAUAUCAAUUUUUCAGGUUGAUUUUGUUCAUCUGCUAUUGUUCUGUCGGUGCUUGUGUUACAGUAUGCAAUUUGUGUAAUUAAAUCUCAGAUGCUAAUUAGCUGUUUACAGUGUCUUCAAAAUAUUUAUUGCUGCAAAUAAACAGUGAAGUCUCAGAAAA